UAACCGUUAACAGUAAAGACACCAGUAAAAUAGCCCUUAAUGGCUAAAAAGUGGGAUGUUAAUUAACAUUAAUGAGAGGUAGUCAGGUGAAACGUACGUCGGCACCACCCAAAAUUUUGGCCGCCGAUCUCGCAUCUCACCGGAGUCUCCGGGAAAGACCUUGUGGUCUCCGGCCUGAAUAGCAGAGAACAAACCACAAACUCAUCCAACAAAAAAUCAAACAAGAAGGGGUAUUACCGGCCGGAAGUGAAAUCCGGUGAGAGUUUUCUAAACCAGGAACGAACGGAUUCGGGAAACCGGUGAUACUGAGAGGCGCAGAGCAGAUUCGCCGUGGAUCGACUGUGGCCGACUGUCCGUGCGGCGGGGAAGUGAACUGGGAGAGCCUCAGUGCGGGGCAGUAGAGGAAGAGCACAGAGGACUCGACGGAAUUAGGGAUUGUGGACAGAUCCGUAACUCUGUCCGAAACGGCGUCUUAUGCGGCCGUUUUCCCGCCGGUGGACGCGCAAUGAGCGCCAUCAGGACCAAGCUUCAUCACCAACUCCAGACCGUCACGGCGAGAAUUCCCGUCGUCAAUUCGACGGCGGCCACCAGAGGCGGGGUUCAACCAUGGAACAGUCGAUUAAGGGAGCUAGCAAAGAAGUCACUCUUCUCAGAAGCCCUGUCUGUCUACCUCCAAAUGCUUCGCUCCGGUGCAUCCCCGAACGCAUUUACUUUCCCGUUCGCACUCAAGUCAUCCGCCGUGCUUUCUCUCCCCGUCACCGGAGAACAGCUCCAUGGCCAAGCGAUCACAACGGGUUGUUUGUUAGAACCCUUUGUCCAGACCUCUCUGAUAUCAAUGUACUGCAAGUGCAAUUUUGUUGACGUUGCGCGCCAGGUGUUUGAUGAAAAUCCCCUGUCCAGGAAGCUCACGGUUUGCUACAAUGCUUUGAUUGCUGGGUACGCCCUGAAUCUCAGAACGAAGGAUUACAAAUUUUGUUCACAAGUAUCUUGUCAUCAUUGUGCUUUCUAGUUUUUUGCCAAACCAUUAAAAAAAACAAGUUAAUCAUGCCCCAUAGAGCCAGCUUAGGAUUUACAAUUUUUUAGUUUAUCUCCGAGCUAAUCCAACUGAAAGUUAACGUGUUUGUGUUGCCCGAAUCUGAAACCUGCGUUGCUAGUUGCCAUUGCUCUGCACAUGUUUCAUUCUCACCUUAUGAGAAAUAUACAAGUUCAAUUUAU